AGCCAGUCUGAGGCAGAUCUCCGCUCUCAUGGCUUCUCUCAGCGCUGCGUCCCUCCUGGCUCUGAGCUCCCUGAUCUGUCACCUGGCUGCUUCCUGUAAAGAGAAGAGAAGAGAUGAGAGAGAAGAAGCCCCAAACCUGAACCAGAACCUGAAAGCUCGACCUGGACACAAUAUCACCCUGAGCUGUCAGGCUCCUGAUGGUGUCGACAUCACAGUGGCAGAGUGGAGACGAACUGACCUGAAGGAACUAGAACCUGUUUUCCUUUAUCGAGACGGACACAUUGACUCAGAGAACCAGCAUCCAUCUUUUAAGAAUCGGGUGGAGCUGAUAGAUGGAGAGAUGAAGAACGGCAACCUGUCUGUGACUCUGAAGAACGUGACUGAAUACGACAACGGAACAUACGAGUGUCGCAUUAAAGCUGCUGGUGAAGGACGCAUGAAGAGAGCCAUCAUUAAAACCAAGCCCAUCAGCACCAUCCAGCUGGAGGUUGUAGAUCCAGACCCUGUGAAUGACUGUGACCGUGAUGAAGCCGCUAGGAGUAGUCAAGCUGCAGCAGCUGUGGUUCCUGUACUUAUUCUGGUUCUUUCUGCUGUGGCUGUUCUGUUGUGCAGAAAACAAAAAGCAAGUGUAGAACACAGGAAGUAGAACAGGGAGAUUGCAGGAGCUCCUCAGCUGAAAGCAGAGGAGUGUGUCAGGAGUGUCAGGAGUGUGUCAGGAGUGUGUUGUGGUUCUGGAUCCAGAUGCUGCCUCAGCUGAACUGUAGCUGUGUGUGAGUCGGGUGGAGGAGGCCAGCGGGGUCGGCUCGGCUGAUGUCAGGUUGUGUCGGGCUUCACAUGAGAGAAGGACCUUCAGGUCAGUGUGGUGGUGGACCAGUCACCAGUGAAGGUGUGGGAGAACAGCAGUAAAGUGGUCAGUGGAUUUGGCUGGCCAAUAUGUCUUGCUUCUUCAAACUUCCAUCAUCCAAUCCACCAAACACCAAACAAGAGUCAAUAGCAGAAUCAGCUGUUUGGCAUUGGCAGAGAAGAUUUGGUGCUCAUCUGCUGCUCAUCCCACAAAUGCAUGUUCCUUACAAAUG